UUGUCGUAUAACCCUCCUCGAGUACCUGGCACUGACGAUGUGUCGGGCGAGCCGUUAUCUAAGCGACCGGAUGACAAUCCAGAAGUGUUCCGUGUGCGUAUGCAGCAGUACAGGGACAUGUGUGCUCCGAUCCUUGACCACUACAGCAGCAUUGCA